AUGUCCGAUAUACAGAAAAACGUCGAAGCCGCAUCCGAAAGCUACUCUUCCGGCUUCACCAAGGGGCAUCUGGCGCUGCCUCCGGCCAAGAAGUAUCUAGUCCUGACUUGCAUGGAUGCUAGAAUUGACCCGGCGCGGGCUUUUGGUAUCGAGCUAGGCGAUGCGCAUGUCAUUCGCAAUGCCGGCGCAUCUGCCGUAGAUGCGCUUCGCAGCAUUGUCAUCUCUCAGCAACUUCUCGGCACGCAUGAGAUCGUGCUCGUCAAGCACACUGGCUGCGGGAUGCUGACUUUCAAGAACGAGGACGCCUACGCACUCGUUGACCAGAAUUUAGGAGCUGAAGCGUCUGCCGAACUCAAGUCUCGCAGUCUCGACUUUCUGCCAAUUUCUGAUCUGGAAGAGGCUGUCAAGAAAGACAUUGAAUACAUCAAGGGGACUGAGCUUGUCCCGCAGAGCGUGGCGUUGAGCGGCUGGAUCUACGAGGUUGAGACGGGCAAGACGAAGCGUGUUGUUUGA